AUGAAGUUCCUCUCCACUGCAUCUCUCGUCAUCGCCGCCCUGGCCGCUCCCAUUCUCGGCACCCCCGUCGAGAAUCGCGGCUAUGGCAAGAAGUGCCUGACCGACGAAGAAGCUACCGGAAUCGUCAAGCUGUGGAGCGCCGCCUUCGGCGGCAGCGUCGAGGCAGCCCGCAAGGUGGCGGCAGAGAAUAUCGAGGUGUACGACAACACCGUCAACUUCCUCUUCAACAUGACGAUCGACACGCCGUACAUCAAGGGCAUAGACAACGGGGGGUCUACUACUGCUCCUCCAGGCAUGGUCCAGGUGGCGUCCAGCCCCAAGCCGCACUACGACGCUAAGUUCGAGGUCAUCACUAUGCUGCAUGAUUGCGAUUCCAUCUCGUUCCGGUGGAGAUUCGUGGGGAAAAGUGCCGGUGUCGAUCCGACCUCAACAAACAAGCCCGGUGACCUAAUCAGCUACAACGGUAUCGACUUGAUGGAAGUUGACACCAAACGCAACCGCGUCACGAAAGCGUACUCGGCGUUCGAAGCCCUCAACAUGCUCUACCAACUAGGUAUUAAGAUCUGUUUCCAGAAAGACAAUCCUAAUGCUUGUUUUUGA